AUGGCUUCCGCAUAUGCUCUUGCGCACCUGAAGUCCACGAUUCCCCUUGCCGUUCUUCUCACCCUUAUCUCCUGUCUCAUCCUAAAUCGGACCCACCUCCUCAAGGUCGCGGCUGUUGUCCUUACUAUCUUUUCGGCAGCUCUAACCUGGAAUGUGUACCUGAUCAAUGCAGGUAUCUGGACUUACCCGCCCCAGGCGAUAACGGGGGCGAGGUUGAUGGGUAUUCCCGUGGCGGAGCUUUUCGUCUUUUUCGUCCAGACCUACAUCACUUCGCUCAUCUACAUCUUCUGCAACAUCACUGUCGUUCACGCCAAGUAUCUGAAAACCCAGUGGAACCCCCCGACAUGGAUCAGGCAGACAAAGCUAGCUGUCCAGGUAUAUCUCGCAGCCCUCACCGUCUUGAGUGCCCGCGCCCUCCACCGUGGCGACAGGAGCGGCUACAUGAGUUCAAUUAUUACCUGGAUCGCUCCUAUUGCUCUCUCUAUUUGGACUGUGGCUGGGCGUUUUAUCCUCAGCCUCCCCGGCUCUGGAACCGUUGUCCCCAUCCUCAUCUCAACCGCCUAUCAAUUGCUUUUUGACGGGCUCGAGUCGGGAAAAGGCACAUGGACCAUUGGGAAUGAGUCGAAACUCAGACUUUAUCUGUUUGGUUCGCUGGAGAUCGAGGACGCCUACUUCUUCCUGUGCACCAACAUGCUCGUCGUCUUCGGCUUGGCUGCCGUCGACCAGUAUCUGGCUGUGAUCGAUGCCUUUCCGCACCUCUUCCCCGAGGCCCCGACGGUGCCUACCCUGCGUAUGCUUCUCAAGGUUUUCUUCACUGGAACUAAGGAGUACGACACGGAACGGAUUCAAGGCAUCUGGGAGGCGGAUGACCGUCUUCGGGCCAAGAGUCGGAGUUUCCACCUUGCAAGCUUCGCCUUCUCCGGUCGUAUGAGGAUUGACUUGAUUCUUCUGUAUUCUUUCUGUCGGAUGGCGGACGAUCUCAUCGACAACGCAACGUCAGAGGAGGAGAUCAAAUCUUGGAGCUCGAAGCUGAUCCGCUAUUUCGACCUCUUCUACGAUGGCAACGACGUUCACCGACGAGAAGUGGACUGGGUCAAAGUCAAUCGGUUGGUAGAUACCGAGUUCCCCGCUUCAGCGAGAUCGGCACUGAGGUUCCUUCCGACCCGCAUCCUUCCAGGUAGGCCCUUCUACGGUCUGAUCGAGGGUUUCAGAAUGGACGCCCAGUUCAACAUCGCCCAGAAAGAUGACCCCAGCGCCCGAUUCCCGAUCAAAGACGAGGCAGCCCUAUGGAAGUACUCCAACUGUGUGGCAGGAACGAUUGGCCAGCUUUGCAACGCCCUGAUUGUUCACCACUGCAGAUACGCCCCGCCCAACCACAUCCAAUAUCAGCUGGGGCUUACGGCCAUGAGUAUGGGUAUCGCCUUGCAGCUCGUCAACAUCGCGCGAGACAUCCCCACCGAUGCCAAGAUGGGUCGCGUCUAUCUGCCGACGACUUGGCUCAGAGAUCGGGGUCUGACCCCCGAGGACAUCAUCAAACACCCCGAUGGAGAGACCAUUCGCCAGCUCAGACAGAGGGUCCUCAACACGGCAUUCACCAUCUACGGGGAGAUGCGCCCCGUCAUGGAGCACCUGCCGAACGAGGCCAGAGGCCCCAUGAUCCUCGUCGUCGAGAGCUACAUGGAGAUUGGCCGGGUCCUGCGGGAGUCGUACGGGUGGACCAUGGAGCAGGGGAAGGCGACUGUUCCUGCCCGUCGGAGGCUGAUGAUGGCCGUCAAGACGUUGUUGUCCUCGUAG